AUGGCUCCUGGCUCCGGCGCGUGCCUGGAGAGGAGCGGGCAGCCCCCAGGGGGUUGGCUAGCCCUGGCUGCCCUGGCCCUGCUGUGGGGAUCCUCGGUCCAGGGAGGAGGGAAGCCGGGGUGCCCGGCGUGCAGGAUGCCCACCCUGGAGCCAGGCACGGAGAGGCGCUUCCUGCUCGAGCUGGCCAAGCGGCAGGUCCUGGAGAAGCUGCACCUGAUGGAGAGGCCCAAUGUCACCCAGCCGGUGCCCCGCCUGGCCGUCACCAACGCCCUGCGGCGUCUGCAUGUGGGCCAAGCCCAGCGGGACAGGCAGCCGGGGCCCUUCGCCCCCUGGGACGGCCCCGAGGCCAACGAGCUGGGCUACGAGAUCAUCAGUUUUGCCAAGACAGGUGGUUCUCCCUCUCCCUCCAGCAUGGGGCUGCGUUUCCAGUUCAGCCAGGGCAUGGGCCGGGAUGUCCACAUCCUGCAGGCCCAACUGUGGCUUUACGUCCGGGCCCCCCGGAGCGGGCUGUCCCCGGUCACGCUGCGGGUCUCCCAGGCCGGGGUGCUGCUGAGCGAGAGGCAGCUGGAGGCCCGGGCCGGCGGCUGGCACACCGUCGCCCUCCUGCCUGCGCUCCAGGCCUUCUUCCGGGGGCAGGAGAAGACACUGAGGCUCGAGCGGUGCCGCGGGUGCCAGGCCAAUGCCACGGCCGGGAGCGACGCCGGCAGCUCCCACCAGCCCUUCCUGGUGGCCAAGGCCACAGUGCGGAAGCCAGGGCAGCAGGUGGCCAAACGCAGCCUUCGCUGCGACCAGACCUCCGACCUAUGUUGCCGCAAGGACUAUUACGUGGACUUCCGGGACAUCGGGUGGAACGACUGGAUCAUCAAGCCAGAGGGCUACCAGAUCAACUACUGCAUGGGCCAGUGCCCGACCCACGUGGCCAGCAGCCCGGGCAUGGCCUCCUCCUCCCACACGGCCGUGCUCAACCUGAUCCGGGCCCACAACCUCCAGCCGGGCGGGCAGUCCUGCUGUGUGCCCACGCACCGCCGGCCCCUCUCCAUCCUCUACUUCGACCGUAACAGCAACAUCCUCAAGACCGACAUCCCGGACAUGAUCGUCGAGGCCUGCGGCUGCAGCUAG